UGAGACAAAUUGAAAACAGACGUUUCUCUCUUUCUGUGACUCAGUCUGUUGGUUUCCAUUCGUCGCUCGUCUGGAAUGAGACUGAAGAGAGGAGAAGAACAAGAAGAAGAAGGAGAAGAAGAAGAAGAAGAAGGAGAAGAAGGCGACAAAGCUGUCAAUCAUCUGAAGCUGAACCAAUCAUGAUGCAGAGGUGGAGCUACACUAUGGACGAGUGACAGACAGGACUGGUGGCCAUGAUGGCGUCCAUCAGAGCACGGAACAGGAACCUGAACCUGCUGCUGUUGUGUGUGUUCCUGGUUUGUCCUGAAGGGGGCGUGGCUCUGGAGCUUCUGCCAUCAGCUUCUGAAGUUCUGCUCAACUCAAACUCCAACUUCACUGUGGUGUGUUCGGGGUGGAGUCAAGUGACGUGGCGAUUCCCUCCGGACUUCCGGGUAGACGGGGUUUUUGUGGACAGUAGGGGGUCCAGCAGCGUCCUGCAGCUCGUUAAUGUCACCUGGAGGAACUCUGGGAGAUACACCUGUGAGGAGGAGGCAUCCAAUCAGAGCAGAGACAUCAACAUUUUCAUACCUGGACAAGAUCCAGACCAAUGGUUCGUCCCGGUUGGUCCAGGUGUGGUGAUGAAGGAGGCGGAGGAGGACACCAUCCCCUGCGUGGUGUCCAACCCACGUCUCAACGUGUCUCUGCUGGAGCGUCCCAGCAGGACGCCGGUGGACGGGUUGACAUACGAGCCGGGCCGCGGCUUCACGGGUCGCCUCAAUGACACGUCAUACGUGUGCUCGGCCGCCCACGGAGACGAAGAGAGAGAGUCCCAGGUGUACUACGUCUUCAGCAUCAUAGUCCCUCAGGUCAUGGAGGUGGACCUGUCUGUCUCCAGCAGUGUGCUGAAGCAGGGGGAGGUUCUCACUGUCAACUGCACCGUCAAAGACACUGAGAUGGUUUUCUUCACCUGGGACUUCCCUCGCAGACAGGAAAUUGAACCUCUGACAGAUUUUCUGCCCAAUCGGAUUCGCUCCUUCGUUAACAUCUCCACGGCAACUGUGGCAGACUCAGGUGUGUAUGUGUGUGCGGUUCAGGAGACGAUGGAGGGACGAACUGUGGAGAAAAACAUCACAGUGACAGUUCUGGACCAGGGCUACGUCUACCUGUGGGCCUCAGGUGAGACUCACCUGUCGACUGUCCUCCAUCAGUCGGUUCAGUUCUCCGUGGAGGUCGACGCCCACCCCCCUCCCCUUAUCCUCUGGACAGGAAAUAACCGGUCUGUUGCCACGGAAACCUCCUCCAUCAUAACCACACACCUGAGAGCAAGCAGGUAUGUCAGCACCCUCACGUUGGUUCGAGUACAGCUGGAUCAAACAGGAAGUUACACGGUGACUGCGUCCAACGACGAUGACGUUAAGGAGGUCGUUUUCUACCUGCAGGUCGAAGCGCCCCCCAGGAUCACGUCUCUAUCGGAGGUGGGUGGUAACACUGUGCUGUGUGUCAGUGAAGGAUCACCCCCCUCUGUUACCUGGUACACCUGUCACAGCUCACAGAGGUGCAGUAAACUGAGUGGUGGCUGGACGAGCCUAUCAGCAGCCUUGGAGGGCGUUACCCUGCAGGAGAACAUCACGGAGGGGGAGGAGAGGGGCAUCACCAAGGUACACAGUUUGUUGAGUCUCCAGGCUCUCAGCUCUCUGUCCACGGUUCGCUGUGAAGCCAAAAACUCUGCAGGACGCCGAGCGAGGGACCUGCGAGUACUGUCCAACUCUCUACUGUCUCAGGUUUCGGUUCUUUCAGCGGUUCUUGUUCUGGUUGUCAUUGCCAUCGUCUUCCUCGUCCUCCUCAUCGUCCUCUGGAGAAAAAAACCUCGUUAUGAGGUGCGGUGGAAGGUGAUAGAGUCGGUGAGUCCUGACGGAACGCACUACACCUACCUGGACCCAGCACACCUGCCCUACUGUGAGGGCUGGGAAGUACCGCGAAACCAUGUAGUACUAGGCCAGGUGUUGGGUUCAGGUGCAUUCGGUUGUGUUGUUGAGGCAACCAUCUCUGGUCUGAUUCACUCUCAUUCUACGACUAAAGCAGCUGUGAAGAUGGUAAAACAGAGAAGUGAUGCGGUUCCAUCUCUGAUGUCAGAGUUGAAGGUUCUGGUUCAUCUCGGUCCUCACCUGAACGUUGUCAACCUGCUGGGAGCCUGUACCAGAGGAGGCCCUUUCUACUUGAUCACUGAGUUGUGUCCUUACGGCGAUCUGGCGAAUUAUCUGCAGAGGAACAAACACACCUUUCUGCAGGGAGACACAGUGAACAGAGACAGUGAUGGGGGCUACAUGGAUAUGACCAAAGAGGAGAACAUUCAGUACGUCACCAUGAAGGAGCUCAGCUACGCCGACAUCCAACCGGCCGUCUACGAGACGCUGUUCACACCUGCAGACCAGCAGGAGGCGUCAUCGCUCCUCCUCAGUGACUCUCCUCAGCUCAGCCUCAGUGACCUCAUCGGUUUCUCCUACCAAAUCUCUCAGGCAAUGGACUUCCUCUCCUCCAGAAAGUGUGUCCACAGAGACCUAGCAGCGAGGAACGUCCUGGUCUGUGAGGGGAAGCUGGUGAAGGUCUGUGACUUUGGUUUGGCCAGAGACCUGCUGAAGAACCAGAACUACAUCGCCAGAGGAACCAGCUUCCUGCCGCUGAAGUGGAUGUCUCCAGAGAGCAUCAUCCAGAACAUCUACAGCUCCCAGAGCGACGUCUGGUCCUACGGAGUCUUACUGUGGGAGAUCUUCUCUCUGGGUUCCAGUCCAUACCCUGACCUGCCGAUGACUCAGGAGUUCUACUCGGCUCUGAAGAGAGGAUACCGAAUGAACCGUCCUGAACACGCAUCUCUUGACAUGUACGACCUGAUGAGGUGCUGCUGGGAGGAGCAGCCUCAGGCUAGGCCUGCUUUCUCCUCAUUGGUCGUCGCCGUCGGCAACAUGUUGAGUGACGACUACAAACAGCGUUACCUCCAGCUCACUGAAGACUUCCUGAAAGGACAGAAUCCAGCUGUGGUUCGAUCCAGAUGGAGUUCAACCAGAACCACUGAGGAUCAGACGGACAGACAGACACACACACACGGAAGUGGCCCCGCCCCACAGGUGGACGUUCACCUGUCGGAGGCGGACCCAGUGAAGACAGGCACCUCCCACAGCCCUUACAUCAUCUCCAUCACUGAUGUCACCAUUGAAAGCGACGGCGCUGCGCUGGACGCAGACAGUCCUCAGCUCUCAGACGCUGCCGCCAUCUUGGACUCUCAGGAAGCGGCGUCAUCGUGUGAGGUCAUACAGGAAGCGGCAUCGUCAUGUGAGGUCAUACAGGAAGUGACGUCAUUGUGUGAGGUCAAACAGGAAGUGGCAUCAUCAUGUGAGGUCAAACAGGAAGUGGCGUCAUCAUGUGAUGCCAUACAGGAAGCAGCGUCCUGCAGAUGUGAGGAAGAGGAGAGCAGCCUGUGAAGUGUCAGCUGACAGGAAGUCUUCAGGUUUAUUUAGCCCAGUGCUGCCCUCAGCAGUGACUGUCAGGCGCCAGCAGGUCUCAUAGCCUUCAUAUCGUUACUCUGCUUUACUGUGAGUGUAUAUCUGCUCUGUUUACUCAAACUGCUGACUGCUGUCAGAACUGAAGCUCUUUAUUAAAGUAUAUUCCUGAACCUGA